AUGCCGACUAUUUAUGAAACAGACAGUCUCGACGAAGCUAUUGAUAUUGUUCAAGAUGAGAACAAACGAUUUCCGUUUAUUCUACACAAAUUUGACAUUGGUUCAUGUCAAGAGAAAUGGACAAGCGAUUAUUUAGCAACCAAAAUAGGUGCAAAACCAGUGCGAAUACACGUUUCGCAAGAUGCAAUGAUGGAUUUUGUGCGCAAAAAUUUCACAUACGAAAAUUUACCAUUUAAUAAACUUAUUCAUCGAUGUGAACAAACAAUUAAUGAAGAAUAUUUUCUUGCACCUAAUGAACGUUAUUAUUUUCGAGCACUUGGUGAUAAUCAACGAACAGAUGUGGCAAAUAUAGAAAAACAUUUUCCAUCGAUUGCCAGCGAUAUCAAAUAUCCGCCAUUGUUUUCUGCAGAGCAAUUUUUUUCCAGCGUAUUGCGUGUCGGUUCAGCUGACACACAAUUAUGGACACAUUAUGAUAUCAUGGAUAAUGUUCUUAUUCAAGUACAUGGUACGAAACGACUUAUUAUGUUUAAACCAAGUGAUAUUGAUUAUCUCUAUAUUGACGGCGAUAAGUCAUUGGUCAAUGAUAUUGAAAAUCCAGAUUUUGCAACAUAUCCGUUAGUUCGUCAAGCAACAUAUUAUACGGGAAUAAUAAAACCAGGAGAUUGUCUUUAUAUUCCUGCUCUUUGGUUUCAUAAUGUCAAAUCCUUGGAUACAUAUGCAAUAUCUGUUAAUGUCUUUUGGUAUCAUUUAAACGCAGAUUUCUAUGAACCCAAAGAUUUAUAUGGCAAUAAAGAUCUUGUUCCAUUCAGUCGAACAAUUGGACAAUUAGCAAAAUCUCUAAAUGAACUCGAUAAACAAUUACCGCCUGUUUAUGUCGAUUUUUAUGCUAAGCGUUUGCGUAGUUACCUUGAUAACUAUAUAAAAGAAUAUGAAAGAAAACUAAACAAUUAA